UAAGGACAAGAACCAUACCUAUGAAAAAGGUGCCCACCUCUGACAAACUGGCUCUUAAUAAUCCUAUACAUCAUUUUCUUAUACCUUCUUGGCUAUGCAAGAGCCAAGCAGAACCAAGGGCUUUUUAUGCAAGCACUGCGGUAUAGCAUGUUCAGACAUGCCCAGUCUUUUAGAGCAUUCAGACUUUUGUCAUCAGUCUGACGAGGAUUUAAAUCGGAAAUUUAAAUGUGAUGAGUGUGGACGAGGAUACAGACAUGCCGGUAGCUUGGCCAAUCAUAAGAAAACGCAUGAUGUCGGCACCUUCCAGUGUCAGAUAUGUGCUCGGAGACUCUCUAACGCAUUGGCUCUUAAAAGCCAUUUGCGAAUUCACACUUCACGAAAGAAAUAUUCCUGUGAGGAGUGUGGGAAAGCCUUUCGCCUAGCAGCUCAACUGACUACCCACCAAAAGGUGCACGGCAAUCGAGAGUUUAAAAGAAGGACCAGGAGAAACAAUCUGGAACAAAAUCAGACUGGGGGCAUUCAUGAAAAUGAGCCGCUUCAGCAAAUACAUGAGCAGGGUUUCAACACUAUGCCUAAUUUGGCAGCCAACAUGGGUUUGGCUGUUACUUCUGAAAAUGGCUUUAACAAUGAUCUGAUGUCGGAGAGCGUCCUAAGCUCGGCUGCUGAAAGUGACCCAGCUGGUGACGAUGGUGACCGACCGUUUAAGUGCGAUAUGUGCGAUAAGUCAUAUAGACAUAAUGGAAGCCUGAUAAAUCACAAGAAAACUCAUCAGAUGGGAAUAUUUGAGUGUCCGGUGUGUUUUAAACAGCUCAACAACCUUGCCGCUCUUAGCAGUCACCAGCGAAGCCACAGUAAAACCAGAAGUCGUCCCAGCAUGGUCAUCCCAGGUACCCCUGAGCCCUGCAAAGCCUCUGAGUCCAAACAGGUACCCAAUGUAUUGCAGAAUGGGGUUACAGAUGUCCUUUUCUGUCACCUUUGUCAGAUGGCGUUUGCUAAUGAAGAUGAUUUUCAGAAUCAUAUUAUUUUGCAUAACUCCUCUUCGAUUUCCUUUGAGCUCCCUGCAAGUAUACCAGAGGAUGCCCACUUUUCAUAUAAUAAUAGUAUUACUCAUUCUCCUGAUUCUAAUCAGUAUCCACCCUCCAGUGACACUCCACCACUGCCUCCUUUACUCGACAAAACUGUUGAUUAUGACCAAACCCAGGGACCAAUGGAAAAUGGUCAUAUAUAUGUACCUCAUCCUAUCGGUGACGACCCGACUACUUCAGAUACUCAGGGAGAGGACCUGGAGCCGCCUUGUCAAGACAUUAACCCCGAACCAUCAGCACACGCUACUGAGGAUUACAAGCAAGAAGAAGCUGGGAGCUCUGACCGCCGUUUCAAGUGUCAAAUCUGUGGCAAAAGUUACAGACACGCAGGUAGUCUGAUUAACCACAAGCGUUCCCAUCAGACGGGCGUUUUCCAGUGCUCUAUUUGCCGCAAGAACUAUCCGCAUCUGGCCGCCCUGCGCAGUCAUCUUCGCAUCCAUAAGGGCAGACCUACCAUGCUGACAUCUACGGCAGAAGGUGACUGGCUUUCCUCUGAGCCCUUGACGCAUGAAAAUCAGCAGGGAGGCUUUGCCGCACAGGACGGUGAUGAGCAUGUUCUAGACCUUUCUCAGGAUUUGGAAGACUCUGCGUACAUGAAUUCAGAUGAGGAGAACGUUAACGAUCUAGAUGACACGGAAUUCCAUGAACAAUUCGACAGUUCCUUUUCUGAGGACCGACAUCAGGAUGAUCUACCUCAGGGUGAAGCCCUCAUGGGGAGGCACAUGUGUGCGGACUGUGGAAAGACAUUCAUCGAUAUUGCAGGGAUCAAAUCACACACGUGUCCACUUUUAAAUCAGCAGUAUCAGUCAGACAGCCAAGAUAUUGACUUCAAGACAGAUUUUAAGCAACCCUUAGAAGAGACUGGGGAGAGUUUUGUUUUCGAGGUACCCAACGAAAGUGCAUAUUUUUCAGGACAAAACAUUCAUGACACUAUGCACGAGCAGAUGCUGAGUGACCAUGAGAAGGUUCCCUACAAAAAUGAUGAAGACGAGGAAGAAGAUGAAGAGAUGUAUCAAUGUUCUAUCUGUGGCAAUCACUAUUCCAGCAUGCGAGCUCUUAGAAGCCACCUCCGGGGGCACACUCAAACCAACAGAACCUCGUCAUCAUCUGGUCCCUCCUCUACGUCCUCCCUUGAGCCCGAGAAAGAUGAAGAACCAGGUCAAAUCCAACAAGGUCUGAUUAUCUGCAGCACUUGUGGUGAGAGUUUCACACAGAAACAGGACCUACAGGCGCAUCAGCUGCUUCACAGCGAUACAGAGGAAAAGCCACCAGAACAAUAUGUUACACAGAACCCCAGUGGGCUCAAACCAAAAGAGGAAAUAGAAAGUAUUAUUUGUGGGAAGUGUGGUGUAUUCUUUACAAGCGUUCAUCACCUCGAAAAUCAUAACUGCCCAGAGCAAAGUGCUGAGAAUCUCGAACUGUGUGAAGAGAAACCAGAUAUCGUCAGCGCUCUGGGACGAGAAGUCGAACCUUUGAGAGAAAGUCUAGGAAAUGGAGAGCGGCUGUACAGAUGUGACCAGUGUGGACGAUCAUACAGGCAUGCUGGCUCCCUCUUGAAUCACAAGAAAUCACACAAGACAGGCGUGUUCCGCUGCUUCAUUUGCCAGAAGCGCUUUUAUAACUUGUUGGCCCUGAAGAACCACCAGAGAACACACUUCGAUAUUAAAAAGCACAGUUGCACAGAAUGUGGGAAAGCGUUCAAAAUCCACAAACAACUGGUGAACCAUCAAAGAGUUCAUCAAGAAAACAAGGCCAAGAUUGAGGAACUCAACAAACAGAUUCAGACCCUCAUGGAGAUGAGUGGGAAUGUGUCUGUGAGUGGAAUGCACUCCAUCAAUGCCAACAAAAGAAGAAGCAGUCGAAGGCGCAGGCAGAAAGACUUUUUGAAGAGUGAACACUCUAGCCCGGAAAAGGACGCCCAUUUAGGUGAUCCUAAUGACCCACGGCCUUAUGUCUGUGAUCAGUGUGGGCGGAGUUAUCGGCACGCUGGUAGUCUGGUUAACCACAAGAACUCCCACAAAACAGGAGAGUAUUAUUGUGCUAUCUGUAACAAUACCUACAGCAACCAGUUGGCGAUGAAGAACCAUUUACGGACUCACUUCUCAGCCAAGAAGCACUGCUGCCAGGACUGUGGUAGGUCAUUCCGGGGACAGAAACAGUUACUGAAUCAUACUUGCAAACACAAUCGCAGGAAUGCAGCAGCAGUGAGAGCAAAGCGUAAAGGUCGCAGACGGUCAAAGGAUUUAACGUGCAAGAAUUGCCGCUUGGCCUUUCCCACUGCUGAGCUACUUGUAGGCCACUCCUGUUGCACCUUUAACAAAGAACCUGGUCCUAAAUCCGCCCCUGCAGAACCUCAGCAUAACAUCAGUACAAAUGAGCCUAAAGUAAAAGACGAGAGACCUUACAGGUGUAACAUUUGUGGCCGAAGCUAUCGUCAUGCAGGCAGCCUGUUGAACCAUAAGAACACACACAAGACUGGUCAUUUCACUUGCUCCUUCUGUGCCAAGCCGUUUUCCAAUCCGAUGGCGCUGCGUAACCACACCCGAAUCCACACACAAAAGAAAAAGUAUGUCUGCCCAACCUGUGGCAAAGCUUUCCGCCUUUCCAGUAUCCUCUACAACCACCAAAAGAUCCAUGCCAGAGGAGUCACCCUUCAUACUUGCCAAACAUGUGGCAAGAGAUUCAAGGGCAAAUCUGGACUGAAGAGACAUAGCUGUUACAAAAACAGCGCAUCACGCUCUCCUAUCAGUCAGGAUGCCGGAGACAAGUGUUACUCAUGUGAUCAGUGUGGGCGCUCCUACAGGCACGCCGGCUCUCUCCUGAACCAUAAAAAGACUCAUUCUGCUGACCUUCUCAAUUGUAGCCUCUGUCUCAAAACCUUCACUGACCCUCUGGAACUGCAAAACCACUUGCAGAUGGCACGCCACUGCUGUCCGGAUUGCGGAAAGACGUUUUGUGAGUUUGCACACCUGCAAAGCCACAUGGAGGUGCACAGCAAGGGACUGCCGUAUUACUGUAAUGUGUGCCAGCAGAACUUCCCUAACAUGGCCAGCUUUCAGCAGCACCAGGAGCUCCACCGGGGCAUGCAGGAACAGGAGCAUGAUCACCAAGGCGCAUCGGUGCCACAAGGUUUGUCAUGGGGUUCUGAAAUGGACCAGCAGGUGGAGCUCCCAAGUCUCCCUAAAAUGCAUCCAGGGUUUAGUCCUGUGGGUAAGAGCUUUUCUGAUCCGCAAGAUCAACAAGAGAACGGUGAAGCAGGGGAGAAGAGCCACGUGUGCGAGCACUGCGGACGUUCUUAUCGACACGCCGGAUCUCUGCUCAACCACAAGAACAGCCACAAGACCGGUUCCUUUUACUGUUCAGUGUGCCAGAAGGAGUUCACUAACCUGAUGGCACUGAAGAACCACAGGCGGAUUCAUGUCGAGCCAAAGCGCUACCAGUGCAUGGAAUGCGGCAAGGCCUUUCGCGUGUCCACCCAGCUCAUCUGUCACAGACGCAUCCACACCAAAGAGAAGCCUUUUUCCUGCCUUCUCUGUGAUAAGCGUUUUUCCAGUAAGUCCAACCUGCGCCACCACCAGAAGUUGCAUCAGAAUGCCCAGCAGUCUUUCGAGUCCUCUUUUAACAUGGAUCCAGAUGGCUUAAUGGAUCUGGGUGUGGACCCUUUUCUAUGAGGGGAAAAAACUGCUGGGCUUACACUCUAACCUCACCGUUCAAAGGGAGCAGGAAGAUUUCGAAACAUUACUUUGUUAUGGAUAUUUCUUCCCCACCCAGGACCCAAUGCCAAUAAUCAUAUCACAUCAGGUUUUUCUGCUGUAUUUGUCGAGACGGUGUCCAGAACAGAUGCUGAUCUUGGCAUUAGUUGCCUCCUGUACUGUUGUAUUUUGAAAUAUUUUUCUUUAAAGGACACUUAAGACUGGCUUUGACGUGAAACUACCUCUGGUAGGGACAGUGAUACUGUAAAAACUUUAGAAUAAGUGAUGGUGCCUGUCAGAGACCAUUUUAGAUUUGAAUGUUUUAUUGUUAUUUUCAUAGUGCACCCAAAUGUAACAAACUGUCUGGUACUUUAAUAGAUUUCUAAUAGUCUGGGGGGAGUAUAUUUACCCAGACUUUACCCCAGCACUGCCUGCAAGUAGUCUUCAGGGGCUAAACGUGAUUGCGUAAGAAAAAUACACAUUAAAAUUAAGUGAUGAUUUUUUUUUUUACUAGCCAGGCUUAGUUUAAUAGCCAAAGAAGUACACAAUCGCCCGUCAUCUGCUUAAAAUCGGAGUGCUAUGGUCAUACACUGAUCAGCCAUAACAUUAAAACCACCUCCUUGUUUAUACACACACUUACCA